UCGACGUCUUAAAAAGAAGACGCGUACUAAUAAAAGAACUUUUUAUUAUUGGGAUCGCAAUACUCCUCUUUGUCAGAAAACGUAUCUUAAUAUGUUAGGAAUUGGCCGCACGCACUUCGAAAACGUCAGAAAUCAUCUAGUAACGAAUGGUAUAAUACCACGCGUUCAUGGUAACAUCAAACGAGUACCGCGAUGGAAAACCAAAAUAACCAUUGACAUAACCGUUGCCACUACCGUAAAGAAUUUUCUCGAAAACUAUGCUGAAAUUCAUGGACUACCAAGUCCGGGUAGAAAUGUCAAUCGCAUUACUCAAUCGCUUACACUUUUGCCAGCUGAAACAAGUUACAAGUCAGUCUAUCAUGAUUUUAUUGCAGGCCUCGAAAACGACAGCACGUUGAAAUUGUUAAAAUAUGAUGCAUUCCGCAAGUUAUGGCACCAAUUAACGCCUUAUAUUCAAAUUAUGAGUCCAAGAACGGAUUUAUGUGACACGUGCCAACAUUUUCGGAACGGCUUACAAUACAAUGCUCGCAAGGAAGAAGAAGCGAAAAAUUUAUUGAAAAAAUUCAAAGAACAUCUAGUUAAAGCUAAGUUAGAGAGAAAUUAUUACAACAAAAAUACGAAAUUAGCAGAACAGCAGAGGAAAUUGGUAGAUGAGCAGUUUAUAAUAAGAGGUAAAGCUGAUUAUUGUAGCGUUGACGCUACUGCUCAUUACAGUUACGAUUGGGCACAAAACGUUCACGUGCCCCAUUCUGAUCAACAAGCAAGUAAGAUCUAUUAUCUUAGUCCGCGUAAAGUGCAUUUAUUUGGUAUACAAGAUGAAGCA